GUCUCCUAAAAACCUCGGCGCGCAGUGCAGCCAUGGGUGCCAUGGGGGCGAGGGGCACGCGCCUGGCCCUGUGCGGCGUUGCGCUGUUCUGCGCUCUGGGCCUGGGCCAGCGCUCCGCCCGGGGCCCGAGCUGCGGCCCCGGCCGCCUUCUGCGACGGCUGACAGGGCUGGCUGUCUCCUGCCCAGCUGAGGGGGUCUGUCCCGAGCAAGACUGCACAUGUAUCCAGCCCGAGUUCCACUGUGGAGACCCUCAGUGUAAGAGCUGCAAGCACCACUCCUGCCCACCUGGCCAAGAGGCGUGGCCUGUAGGAAAUUUCAAUUUUGGCUUCGAGUGUGUCGACUGUGCCUUAGGGACCUUCUCUGGGGGCCACGAGGGACGCUGCAAACCUUGGGCAGACUGCUCCCAGCUGGGGUUUCUCACCACGUUCCCCGGGAACACGACGCACAAUGCCGUGUGCAGCCCCGGGCUGCUGCCUGAUGAGCCCCCCAGCCUGCCGACUGUUGUCCUCCUGGCUGUCGCCAUCUGCGUCCUGGCCCUGACCGUGGCCCAGCUGGGCCUGCACAUCUGGCAGCUGAGGAGACAGACAAUGUGGCCCCCAGAGACCCCGCUGCUCCUAGAGGCCCCGGCACCUGCACCUGAGGACGCCGGCAGCUGCCAGUUCCCUGAGGAAGAGCGGGGGGAGCGGCUGCCAGAGGACAAAGGCCGACCGGAGGACCUGUGGGUGUGAGGCCACUGUCCUCUGGCUCAGAGGGCCCCAUGCCACACCCUCCCGGGAGCCGGCCCAGGCUGGCCCUCAGGAGCGAGGGCUCAGCGCCCGCUGUGGGGCCCUGGCUCUGGGCCCGGCCCUGCUCCCCUCGAUGGCGGAAGCGGGUGGGGGAUGGUGCCAGUGACUAGUGGCACAGACUGCAGAAGCAGCAGCAGCUGUGGCUGGACCCCAGGGGACACCAGACGCCACUUUCUUGCUGGCCCCACUGGGGUGGGGGCCGGGGCCCUUGGUUCCAGGACAGGAGGCUGUGGAACCACAGAACCUGGCUGCAGGCAGCACUCAAUAAACUCUUGUCCAGUAA